AUGUCUUCCGACGAAAGCGACAACGAUUUUGUCAAGAAACAUGACUCAGAUGAGGGUAGUGACAGCGGCUCUGAUUCGGAUGACCAAAAAUUCACCAAAUCAAAGAAAGAUCGAAAACGUAAAAUUGCGUCGGAUAGUGAAGAAGAUGACGAAUCGUCGGGUUCUGAAGAGGAAGAGGAAGACGACGAUGACGAAAAAGACGAACAGCCUGUACGUAGAAAAAAUGAUAAAGGAAAAAAGAAGAAGCGAAGAAGGAAGGGACCAUCAGCUCUCGAUUUUAUUAUUCAAGACGUCGAUGUGGAUGAUGACGAGCUUGAAGAUCAAGAUUUUGAUGAAGAUGAUGCAAGAGAUUUGGAGCCGAAUGAGAAAGAAGAGGCCGAACGUUACAUGAAAGAAAUGGAAGCAAAUAGAAGAAAUAGCGAGAGACACAAAUUUGGAAAUAUGACCGAAGAAGAGAUUGGGAGAUAUUUCGAGAACAAGUAUAAAGCCGAAAGGAGCUCCGAGGCUGUUGAUGAAGAUGAUUCAGCUCUUGACGACAUUUCAAGAAAUGGAAUUCUUCCAUCUACAAAGGAGCCGAAUUUAUGGAUUGUAAAGUGUCGAAUGGGCGAAGAGAAACUUGUUGCAAUGCAACUUAUGAGAAAAUUCAUUGCCUAUGAAAAUACUACGGAGCCUCUUCAAAUAAAAUCAGUGGUGGUUAAAGAAGGAUUGAAGGGAAUGAUUUAUGUGGAAGCAUUCAAGCAGUCUCACGUUAUGUCAGCUAUUGAUCAAAUCUCAGCUCUCAAUCAGUUCAAUAUUACGAUGGUUCCCAUAAAAGACAUGGUUGAUGUUCUUCGUGUUGUUAAGGAUAUUCCGCAACUCAAAAUUGGAUCAUAUGUUCGCCUUAAAAGAACAAUGUAUAAGGAUGAUCUUGCGCAGAUUGACUUGGUUGACAUUGCCCAAAAUCGAGUGAACUUGAAACUAGUUCCUCGUGUGGACUACAACAGAAAACGUGGAGCGAUGCGAACGGAAGCUGAUAAAAAUUAUAAGCUCAAUCGUCGACCGAUGCCCAAAUUAUUCGACCCGGAUGCAAUCAAAGAAGUUGGAGGGGAAAUUGUCACCGAUGGUGAUUUUAUCAUUUUCGAAGGAAAUCAUUAUCGACGCGGUUUCUUAUACAAAUAUUUUCCACUUAAUGCUAUUAUUGCGGAUGGUGUAAAACCGUCACUAGCAGAACUUGAAAAGUUCCAGGAAAGUAGUGAUGAUUUGAAAAGAGAAUUGGAAUCUACUUCAAUCAAAGAUUCGGAUAAUCCAUUUAUUCCUGGCGAUAUGGUUGAAGUGAAGAACGGUGAAUUGGUCAACUUAAAAGGAAAAGUGCUUUCGGUCGAUGGUCAGAAAGUGAUUAUGUUACCUGAUCAAGAAGGACUGACGGAACCAAUCACACUGAAUUCAGCCGAAUUGCGUAAAUACUUUAAAGAAGGUGAUCAUAUUAAAGUAAUCGGCGGUCGAUAUGAAGGGCAUACUGGAUUGGUUGUCCGAGUAAAAGACAAUACAGCCAUUCUUCUCUCGGAUUUGGGAAUGGAAGAGUUGAAAGUACGCGUUCGAGACAUUCAACUUUGCGCUGAUGUUACUACCGGAGUUGAUUCUCUCGGGCAAUUCCAAUAUCAUGAUUUGGUUCAAAUCGAUCAGACAGGAACACUUGGUGUGAUUAUUCGGUUGGAAAAAGAAAACUUGGAAGUUCUUUCCAUGCAUGGAACGGUGAAUCGUUUGAAACCUCAAGCAAUUAUUUCAAAGAAGGAUGUUCGAUUUUCACGUGCUCUCGACAGUCAAAACAAUUCGAUUGAAUCGAAAGAUUUAGUUAAAAUUGUUGAUGGUCCGAACGCGAGAGAACGUGAUACUGAUGACGAACCAAUUGGUGAGGUUCUCUACGUAUUUCGUGGGCACGUAUUCGUUUAUUGUCGUAAAAUUCCGAAAAAUGGAGGAGUCGUCGUAUGUAGAUCGAAACAUUUGCUGCUUCAGGGAGCAAAAAAAACUGAAGCUUCUCCAAUUAUUAAUAGAAUGUCUUCUCCAAAUCCGAUGGCUUCGCCACGGCAUUCGGGAUCAAUGACUCCAAGACAAAGAGAUGAUGGUUCCUCGAUUGGAUCGAGAAGUGUCGGAGGACAAACCCCAAGACAAGGCGACAGACAAAAUAAUUAUGGAACGGCUGCUCAACAACGAAUUCGCCGAGAUAUGACGAUCAUUGGAAAGAAUGUUAGAGUAAUUAAGGGCCCACUUAAGGGAUACUUCGGAAUAGUUCGAGAUGCGACCGAAGAAACUGUUCGUCUCGAGUUGCACACCCAAUGUAAGACAAUUUCGGUUGAUCGCAGUCGCGUGAAAGUGGUCGGAGACACGGGAAUCGCAGCUGGAGGUGCUACUGGAAUGUAUUCCAAGACGCCGAUGCACGACUCAAGCAAGACGCCGAUGUACAGCGGUGCGAAGACGCCAAUGUAUGGUGCGCAGACACCAAUGUAUGGCUCGAUGACACCACACGACGGAAGCCGAACCCCGCAUUAUGGUGCAAUGACGCCGGCCUAUGGAGAUGGAUCACGUACGCCAGCGUAUGGAGACGAUUCGAGGACUCCAGCUUAUGGACAAGAUGGUGCUCGGACCCCAGCGUAUGAUGGUGGAAAGACGCCAUCGUACGAGAAUUCGGCAAGAACGCCAGCCUAUGAAGGUGGGCGUACACCGGCUUACGAAUCUGCUGGAGGACGAACCCCAGCAUAUGAGAGUUCUGCGAGAACACCCGCAUACGAUGGAGGAGGUCGAACACCAGCUUAUGAAUCGGCGUCGUCACGGACGCCUGCUUAUGAAUCGGGUCGCACUCCUGCAUACGAUGAUAAUAGUGCUCGAACACCGGCCUAUGAUUCUCGCGGCUAUGAUAACUCUUCUCCAACAUACGAAGCACCGCAAUCCCCUCCUCCGGAUAAUGACGCCGGAGAGGAAGAACGUCCUCCAUCGCCAGUGUAUGAUUCCCCAUCUUCACCUUCGUAUGUGGUACCGACUCCUGGAGCAAUGUUAAAUCCUGCGACACCAGGCGCAUAUGCUGUCGAUACUCCAGGCAACUUUACAGCUCCAAUGACUCCUGGAAGCGGGGCUUAUGGAGAGUUUGUGGCACCUUCACCAUACAUGGGAGGUGGUGGUAAUUUUGAGUCGAAUGCGUACAGUGGAGGAGCUGCCGAAGAAACUAUUCCUGAACACUUCUUGUCGCAAGGAGUCUGGAUAGUUCCACGUCUUUAUGUUACAAUUAAAAAUCACGAUCCGAUGUACAACGAUCGAGAAGCAGUCGUCAGAGAAAUCCUAGAUGAGAAAGUGGACUUGUAUGUUCCGGAUUUGAAGUGUAACGUUGAAGCUGAAUAUGACCAGAUUCUUCCGUUAAAACCUCAACAAGGAGAUGACACUCGUGUUAUCUUUGGAAGUGAAGCUGGGCAUUGUGGAGCACUUGUAUCCAUGGAUGGAAAUGAGGCUGUCAUUCGUUCAAAGGAAGAUAUGUCCGACAUGCGCGUCGUUAAUAUUGGCCUCUGUUGCAAGAUGGCUCAAUAA